AUGGAGGAGCAGAAGCAGCAGCCAGCAGCCAGAAGCAGCCAGAAGCAAGCAGCAGCAAGCAGCAGCCAGCAGCAGCAAGCAGCAGCCAGCAGCAGCAAGCAGCAGCAAGCAGCAGCCAGCAGCAGCCAGCAGCAGCAGCAGCCAGCAGCCAGCAGCAGCCAGCAAGCAGCAGGUAACAGCAGCAAGAAAGCAGCCAGCAGCCAGCAGCAGCAAGCAGCCAGCAGCCAGCAGCAGCCAGCAGCACAGCAGCCAGCAGCCAGCAGCAGCCAGAAGCAAGCAGGAGCAAGCAGCAGCCAGCAGCAGCAAGCAGCAGCCAGCAAGCAGCAGCAAGCAGCAGCCAGCAGCAGCCAGCAAGCAGCAGGUAACAGCAGCAAGAAAGCAGCCAGCAGCCUGCAGCAGCAAGCAGCCAGCAGCAGCCAGCAGCAGCAAGCAGCCAGCAGCAGCAAGCAGCCAGCACAGCAGCCAGCAGCAAGCAGCAAGCAGCAGCAAGCAGCAGCCAACACGCAGCAGCCAGCACCAGCCAGCACCAGCAAACAGCAGCAAGCAGCAGCCAGCAGCAAGCAGCAGCAGCCAGCAGCAGCCAGCACAGCAGCCAGCAGCAAGCAGCAAGCAGCAGCAAGCAGCAAGCAGCAGCAAGCAGCAGCCAGCACGCAGCAGCCAGCACCAGCCAGCACCAGCAAACAGCAGCAAGCAGCAGCCAGCAGCAGCCAGCAGCAGCCAGCAGCAGCCAGCAGCAGCCAGCAGCACAGCAGCCAGCAGCAAGCAGCAAGCAGCAGCAAGCAGCAGCCAGCACGCAGCAGCCAGCACCAGGCAGCACCAGCAAACAGCAGCAGCAAGCAGCAGCCAGCAGCAGCCAGCAGCAGAGAGCAGCAGCCAGCAGCAGCCACAGCAGCAAGCAGCAAGCAGCAGCAAGCAGCAGCCAGCACGCAGCAGCCAGCACCAGGCAGCACCAGCAAACAGCAGCAGCAAGCAGCAGCCAGCAGCAGCCAGCAGCAGAGAGCAGCAGCCAGCAGCAGCCACAGCAGCAAGCAGCAAGCAGCAGCAAGCAGCAGCCAGCACGCAGCAGCCAGCACCAGGCAGCACCAGCAAACAGCAGCAGCAAGCAGCAGCCAGCAGCAGCCAGCAGCAGAGAGCAGCAGCCAGCAGCAGCCAUGUUGA